GUAGGAAAAUCCCGCCAGCCUGCUCUCUCUCUCUCUCUCUCUCUCUCUCUCUCUCUCCCCGCCCCAACUUUCCCAACCUAUAUAUACACACCUACGCACGAAAAAGAUGCGCCUCAGAUCUCCAGACUCAACUUGGGACGCAAGAUGCUCCAGACUUUCGCGUGCCAAAUCCCUGCACUGAUCUCCUUCCUAGGGUUUUAAUUUCUUUUCCCUUUCUUCUCAAAUUCGCUUCCAAAGGUUUUGUCUACAAAAUCCUUUUUUCUCUUUGGAUGUUUAACAUCAUAGGCCUGGGAAGGAAUAGAGAUUGUGAGAAACUGGGUGUACAAUGAUUGAUUUAAGUGUUCCACUUGUAAGGUUACUGAUGAGCUCAGAUGCUUACGGUCCAUCUGUUUUUGGAUGGUUGGUCACUGGGUCAUUUGGACUUCUUGCCGUUAUUUAUGCAUUCCUCAAAUGGCAGAGAAAGACAUCUCUUAAUUGGGUUAAAGCUGCUGCAAGAGCAAAGAAGAAAGCCAGGAAGAAGCUAAAAGUUCCUUUAUCACAUCAUACAUGGAUGGAAGAUUCUGCUUGUGGUGGGCAGCCAUCUACUUGCUGUGUGUGCCUAACUUCUCUGGUGUCUCCACAAACCCUGGGUGCAAAAGCAGCAUCACAUAGCCCUGUCCACCGGUGCUCUGUUUGUGGUGUAGCGGCUCAUUUUCGGUGUUUCCAGUUUGCCGCGAAGGAUUGCAAGUGUAUAGCACAAGUUGGUUAUAGCCAUGUGCAACACCACUGGUCUGAAAGAUGGAUGACAAUGGAUGAGAACCCUGAGAUGUCUGCUUUCUGUUUUUACUGUGAUGAACCUUGUGGAAUUCCUCUUCUCGACGGUUCUCCGGCAUGGCAUUGCUUAUGGUGUCAGCGUGUUAUACACGUCAGAUGUCAUGCAAAAAUGUGUGAAGAGUCUGGUGAUACUUGUGAUCUCGGUGUUCUUAGAAGAGUCGUCCUUUCCCCCAUCUGCGUGAAAGAAAUUGAAGCUGAAUCAGCUGGAGGCGGGAUCCUAAGCUCUAUUACUGAAAAUAUUAUUGUUCGUGGGCAAAUUAGAAGAAGGCGCCAUCGAAGCAAACAUGGAAAUGGCCGUGCUGUUAAUGGAAAAUUACAGUAUUAUUCAGUUGCCAGGACAGCACUGCAUUAUGUGUUCAGUGGGUGUUUAAAAAAGCUAAUCAGUGAGAAGGACUGUGACCGGCUCUUGAAGGAUGGUGGAGUAAUUAGUAAGAAGGGCAAUCAGAAUGGGGUAAUGUAUAAAAAGAGUGAAAUUGCUGUCUGUGGUCAAUCUAAAAGGUAUACAAUUAUGGACUUGCCACAUGACGCCAGACCUCUUCUUGUCUUCAUUAAUACCAAGAGUGGAGCUCAAAAUGGGCCUUCCCUUCGGAGGAGAUUGAACAUGUUAUUGAAUCCUGUGCAGGUUUUUGAACUCAGUUCUUCCCAUGGACCUGAGGACGGUUUAGAGAUGUUUAGUAACGUUCAGUAUUUUAGGGUUUUGGUUUGUGGUGGAGACGGUACUGUUGCAUGGGUCCUUGAUGCUAUUGAAAGGCACAAUUUCGAGUCACCACCACCUGUUGCAGUACUCCCUCUAGGGACAGGAAAUGAUUUGUCAAGGGUUUUGCAAUGGGGAGGAGGUUUCUCAACAGUUGAAGGACAAGGCGGCUUGAGCGCUUUCUUACAUGAUAUCAAUCAUGCAGCAGUUACAAUGCUAGAUCGCUGGAAAGUUGAUAUUCUGGAAGAAAACUCAGAUAGUGAUCCAAGUAAAUUGCAGUCGAAAUUCAUGAUGAACUAUCUAGGGAUUGGAUGCGAUGCAAAAGUUGCAUAUGAAUUCCAUCUGACUCGGGAAGAAAACCCUGACAAGUUCUACAGUCAGUUUGUAAACAAAUUGCGAUAUGCAAAAGAAGGUGCUAGGGACAUAAUGGACAGAACUUGUGCUAACUUACCCUGGCAAGUUUGGCUCGAAGUUGAUGGGAAAGACGUCCUGAUUCCAAAGGAUGCUGAGGGUUUGAUUGUGCUCAAUAUAGGCAGCUAUAUGGGCGGGGUUGAUCUUUGGCAAAAUGAUUACGAGCAUGAUGAUGAUUUCAAUCUUCAGUCCAUGCAUGACAAACUCCUUGAGGUUGUAUGCAUUUCUGGAGCAUGGCACCUUGGCAAACUCCAGGUUGGACUUUCACAAGCAAGGAGGCUAGCCCAAGGAAGAGCUAUUCGAAUUCAUUUGUCCAAUUCUUUCCCAGUUCAAAUUGACGGGGAGCCUUUUAUCCAGAAACCGGGUUGUUUGGAGAUAACACAUCAUGGGCAGGUGUUUAUGUUGAGGAAAGCAUCAGGUUCUCAAGAGCCAAGAGGUCAUGCAGCUUCCAUUAUGACUGAGGUCUUGGUGGAUGCUGAGUGUAAAGGCCUUAUUAAUACGUCUCAGAAGAGGUUACUUCUACAGCAGAUAGCCCUCCAGCUUGCCUGAUUCUUCUACCACUUCUUUCCUUGCAUCCAUAUAGGUACAAACUUCUUAUUUGUACUAACCUGGCCUCACUUUUGAUGGUCACUCAUUUUUUUUGCCCUUUUCGAUUCCCCAAUUUUUGUAAUUGCUUGCUUCCUCGGGAAAUUGUAGGCGUUUCUUGUAUACCUAUAGAGAGAUCAAAGCGGAUAGUAGAUAUUGUCAGGAAAUUCAAAUGAGAUAAGGAGGUAUUGUAACGAGUAGAAUGCUAUGUGAUUCAAUGUUCACCGAUUAAUUCUUUCA